AUGAAUAACUUGGUCAAAGACUGCCUGGCCAUUGUCAUCUACUCCGUCACGUUCCUCUUGGGCCUCCCUUCCAACAUUUUAGUAUUCUUCGUUUACGUCCGCAAAGCCCGUAAACGCGGCGCCACACCCAACGUUGUGUACGCGCUAAACCUGUGCGUCGCUAACCUGGUUCUCGUGGCGUGGAUUCCCGUCAAAGCGUUCGAAGUCCUCCUGAACAACUGGAAGCUUCCGGCUCUGGUCUGUCCCAUUUUUAACUUCUUCUUGUUUUCCUCGGUGUAUGGGAGCUGCCUUUUCAUCACCGCCGUCACCGUUGGACGCUACCUCAGCAUCGCGUUCCCGUUCAUCUACAAAAUGUACCGCCGCACUAAGAUCUCCUGCUUCUUCAGCGUUGCAUUGUGGGUCAUCGUGUGGGUCCAUCUCAGCAUCGGACUCGUCGCAGAAGGCGGAGCCAACUUCAUCUCUGUUGAAAAUGACAUUGUCGCUUGUUAUGACUCCUUCAACGACACACAACUGGAUGUUCUGCUGCCGCUAAGACUUGAGAUGGCGAUCGGGUUGUUCAUUCUGCCGUUGAUAAUAACCUCGUUUUGCACUUUGCGUUGCGUGGUGCUCGUCUGGCGCUCAAAUCUCCGACCUCUCGGCAAGAAGCGGGUGUUGACAGUGGCCUUAUCCACGCUAGCUGUGUUUGUUGUAUGCUACGCGCCCUAUAAUACGUCCCACAUCGUCGGCUUCAUUCUGGACGCCAACGUGGAGUGGAGGAGUUUGGCGAUUCUAACCAGUUUGUUCAACGUGUUCUUGGAGCCCGCGGUGAUGCUGUUGCUAUCGCCGGCAGGUUCCAGAGGCAUCAUGGGAAGGAUCUGCGGACGGCAAAGUCAUUUUAGUCGGAUCAAAAGGAUUCCCAGGAAGAGUGUGGGGAAAAACAAAGCCGUGAAUGUGCCCGAGAAGCAAACGGAAGACGGUGAAAGAGAAGCGAUCGAAAACAACCAGGUGUGA